CCCCUCAUAGUUUCCAAAUCUGACGAAACAGCUACUUCUUUCACUGCAAAUCAACAGCAAAUUUUCGGGUAGUGAAUCGUGAAUCUUUCUUUCAUCAAUGGCCGGUUUCCUUCUUAAUCAUGAUUCUUGUCCUGUGGUGAAGAACAUACUUCUUCUGGAUUCAGAGGGAAAGCGUGUAGCGGUUAAAUACUACUCUGAUGACUGGCCGACAAACAGUGCUAAGCUUGCCUUUGAGAAGUCCAUUUUCACCAAGACCCAAAAGACAAAUGCUCGGACUGAAGCUGAAAUAACUAUGUUUGAGAACAACAUUAUUGUUUAUAAGUUUGUGCAAGACCUCUACUUCUUUGUCACUGGAGGUGAUGAUGAAAAUGAACUAGUUCUAGCCACUGUUCUUCAGGGUUUCUUUGAUGCAGUUACCCUUCUCCUAAGGAAUAACGUUGACCAGAGGGAGGCACUUGAGAAUUUAGAUCUUAUUCUUCUAUGCCUUGAUGAGAUUGUGGAUGGAGGGAUGGUACUUGAAACCGAUGGUAGUAUUAUUGCUGGAAAAGUUUCCAGUCAUAACUUGGAUGAUGGAGCACCCUUGUCUGAACAGACAAUAACUCAAGCUUUGGCAACAGCGCGCGAACAUUUGACAAGAUCACUUCUCAGAUGAAAAUUUUCUUUUAGUUUGGAGAGAGCAAUUAUAUUUUUGACAUAUUCAUUAUGAUUAUAUUUGUAGUUAAUUUUCUUUCGGAUGAUGAUGUUGCGUAUUCGUAUAGUCAUUCCAUUUAAGAUGUUCUGUUGCCUGUACUAUCUUGUAAGUGGAGGCCAUCCUUUAUGCAUUUUGGAUCAACAUAUGAGUGUGUUUCUUUAA